AUGCCAUUAGAAAGUACCAUUAUUUGUGUUGAUAAUAGUGAUUUUAUGCGUGAUGGAGAUUUUAUUCCAACACGAAUGCAAGCACAGCAGGAUGCUGUUUCACUUAUAUUUCAUGCUAAGACAAGAUCGAAUCCUGAAAAUAAUGUUGGAUUAUUAACACUUUCAGAUGGUCGAGUUGUUACUCAAUUGACAAGUGAUGUUGGCAAAGUCUUUUCAAAAUUACAUUUAUUACCAGUAGAAGGAAAAAUUGAUUUUUGUAAAGGAAUUAAAGUAGCUAAUUUAGCAUUAAAACAUCGCCAAGGAAAAAAUCAUCGACCACGUAUUGUUGCUUUUGUUGGUAGUCCACUUGAAGCUGAUACACAUGAAUUUACAAAAUUAGCAAAACGAUUAAAAAAAGAAAAAAUAUCAAUUGAUAUUGUUGCUUUUGGUGAUGAAUCAUCAAAAGAAAAAUUUGAAGAAUUUAUUACAAUAAUUAAUGGAAAAGAAAAUACAAAUUCUCAUUUGAUAUGUGUUCCAUCAGGAGCUAAUUUACCGGAUACACUUAUUAAUACACCAAUCAUUCAAAGUGAAGAUGGUUCUGGUCUACCAACUGGAUAUUCAGCUAGUGCAUUUGCAUUUGGAAUAAAUCCUGAAGAUGAUCCUGAAUUAGCUAUGGCACUCAGAAUUUCAAUGGAAGAACAACGACGUGUACAAGAAGCGGAAAUAGGUCGAAGCACAGAUGGGGAAGGAGGCCAACAAAAUUCAUCAGCAAACACAGGAACUUCUGGCCCUUCUCUCGAAAAUUUAACAGGUGGCAAUGAAAUGGAUGUAACACGACUUACAGAAGAUGAACAAAUUGCAUUAGCUAUCCAAAUGUCUAUGUCACAAGCCGAAAAUGCGAAUACGACCGAUGUUGAAAUGAAAGAAGAACCUUCGACUGCAGCGACUAGUGAACAACCAGGAAAAACAAAUGAGGAACAACAAAGUACAGAUUCAUUUGCAGCUUCACUUAACGAUCCUCAAUUUCUACGAGAUGUUCUUCGAGAUUUACCUGGUGUUGAUGUUGAUAGUGAAGCUGUACGAGCAGCUCUUGAACAAGUGCAACAACAACAAAAGAGAAAUACUGAUGACGACGAUAAUAAUGAUGCAAAUAAGAAGAAAAAAGAUGAAAAAUAA